CUUGUCACACGAAGUUGUUUCUGACACCUGUUGCGGCAGAAGAAGAGAGAAAACGGACACGACCAGCGCGUAACCUGCACGGUGGACGUUUACAAGAAAGCUUUGGACAACAGGGAACUUUUUAUGAACUGCACGAAACGCUGCAGUUUGUCCACCACCAGCAGCGAGAGUUUUUUUUUUUUUUUUGGUAACUUCGCUAACUCUCCGUAGCACUUGUUGGACGAAAAUCGCAAGUUUCGAGAGUUUUACGCACGGACUAUCCAAACCGGGCAACUUUGGACACACCUUUGGAUACUUGGACACUGCAGACUGUUUGAGGAGACAAAAGUAAAGAAGCAGACAACUGGUUCGGAGUCAGGAUUAAAAGGACACUUACUGGUGAAGACUUGUGAUCUGAGAGGAGCCUGUGUGAACGAUUCAGUUUUGGCGUUUGCUCCGAGCUUCAUCUUUCUCGUGUCAAAGUGAAAACCAAACAGCAGCAACAACAAAACUAAAAAGGCGUCGGAGCAGCAGACCGGUGCAGUCAGACCACCUCCAGGCUCCAGGGGGACGUGCGGUGGAUCUGUGCCCAGCCUCGGUGCCUCCUCCCUGGGCUUUGUGAUCAGUGUCAGCCCCUCCUCCAGCAGUUCCAGCCCAGUGCUAAACCAGCAGAGCACUUGCCCCCGGCGGAGUAUGGAGCACGGCUCGGUCCGGUGGAGGGCGCGCGGAGCUGUCCUGCAUCUCCUCCUGACCCUCGCCUUCCUCACGUGCAGCUCCCAGAUGCUGCUCGUGGACGCCGGCUCGUGGUGGUCUAUGGCGAUGACUUCAAUCCAGCGUCCAGAAAUGUACAUCAUCGGAGCGCAGCCUCUUUGCAGUCAACUCUCUGGUCUCUCACAGGGUCAGAGGAAACUGUGCCAGCUCUACCAGGACCACAUGAUGUACAUCGGAGACGGAGCCAAAACCGGAAUCAAAGAAUGUCAGUACCAGUUCAGACAGAGGAGGUGGAACUGCUCCACCGUGGACAAUACCUCUGUGUUUGGACGCGUCAUGCAGAUCGGCUCCAGAGAGACGGCGUUCACUUACGCCAUCAGUGCCGCUGGCGUGGUGAACGCCAUCAGCCGCGCCUGCAGAGAGGGGGAGCUGUCCACCUGCGGCUGCAGUCGCGCCGCUCGACCCCGUGACCUGCCGCGUGAUUGGCUGUGGGGCGGCUGCGGCGACAACGUGCACUACGGCUACAGGUUCGCCCGCGAGUUUGUGGACGCCCGCGAGAGAGAGAAGAACUACCCCCGAGGCAGCACGGAGCACGCCAGGACCCUGAUGAACAUCCAGAACAACGAAGCAGGGAGACAGGCGGUGUAUAACCUGGCCAACGUGGCGUGUAAGUGUCAUGGCGUCUCCGGCUCGUGCAGUCUGAAGACCUGCUGGCUCCAGCUCGCAGACUUCAGACGAGUGGGAGAGUUUCUGAAGGAGAAGUACGACAGCGCCGCUGCCAUGCGCAUCGGGAGAAAGGGCAAACUGGAGCAGGUGGACCGGCGCUUUAAUCCCCCCACCCCCGAGGACCUGGUUUACAUCGACUCCAGCCCCGACUACUGCCUCCGGAACGAGACCACGGGCUCCAUGGGCACCGCCGGGCGACUCUGCAACAAAACGUCCGAGGGCAUGGACGGCUGCGAGCUCAUGUGCUGCGGGCGGGGCUACGACCAGUUCAAAACGUACAAGCACGAACGCUGCUUCUGCAAGUUCCACUGGUGCUGCUACGUCAAAUGCAAGAGGUGCACGACGCUGGUGGAUCAGUACGUGUGUAAAUAAAACUGGAAAAAAAAACACUACUGGAGCCAUAAGGAUUCCGAGGAUUUACACUAUCCUGGUUUUCGGAUGUCAAUUUGGAAUCCGUCGGAAAAUUCAAGCCACCAAAGACGCUAUAUGUGAACAGUGCGAGUGGUAAAAGAUAUAAAAAGAUGUUGAUUUGUAAAAAAUUCUUGACGAUUUCUGCUAAAAAUUUAACAUUGCAUUAAGGACUAUCAAAGUACUGCAAUCACAAGACGGACUGGACGGAGUUUGAGGUGUCAACAUAACGUCCCUUCUGAUUCUACCGUCAUAAAUAUUACGAUCAAUAACACAAUUACGAUAUUUUCUGAGUCAGGUUAUAAUGUUGUUUCCUCAUCGAGAACAGACCUGGAGUUGUGUUUUGUUUCAUUUCAUUCACACGUUUAACACACAAAUCCUGCAUAUUUAGGCUGAGUUCUUUUCUCAAACUGAAAACACCCCGUUCCACCUUGUGAUGUCAUGUGGUGAUACAAGAAGAAAUGCUCCACUGUGUUUUAAAACUUCUUACAUCUUCGCUAGAAUCAUCUGGAUGAUUUCGGUCCUGGAAUUGUCAAUCUCUACUGAACUGAAAGUAAAAGGAGCUGUUAACUUGAAAACAACAGCUUCAUGACAUCACAAGGUGGAACAGAGCGUUUACGAGCUUUGGAGAUGUGGACAGACUAAUAGAGGUGUACAAAAAUAUCAAAAUUUCGAUAUAUCUUAUAGUUUAAUGUGAUGAUACAGUAUCAAUACCGUGGGCUGCUGUAUUGAUAUAUAUCUCCAAGAGUAUUUUUUAAGUAUAUUUUACUAAAUUAUUUUGUUUGUUUUGUCACUUGUUUAGUGGAAGGAAACUCGUUCAUGUGACACAUUUGACAUUUUCACUGUUUCGAGGAUUAAAAUGUUUGUGUUUCAUACGAACUUUGCACAAGAACUGCUUUAACAAAGACUUUUAGCAACAUGUCAAACUCGGCCCCGGGGACCAAAUUUGGCCCGCGAUAAAAUUUUAUUUGACCCAUGAGAUCAUAUCAAAUAUGUAUUAGAGCAGAUAGACUAGAGAGACAUUAUUUAUUUAAAAUGUUGUUAUUCUGUUAUAUUCUGCUUGUUCUGGAUUCAAUGUUUAAGCAAAACUAUUAUUAAACAUUUAUUUUAAUAAGAAAAGCUUUAACAUUACAUAUCUUGAAAGAAGAGAAAACAUGCAGAUGUUGUUGAAAUUUUUCAAUAAAUAUUUAGUUUGGCCCAGUCCCAGUUUUUAAUUUAGUUUUUUAGUUUGUGAAUUUGAGUUUGACUCCCCUGCUUUUAGUAUCACAGCCAUGAUUUAGCCGUUAUUUUUUAUUGAACCGUAUCGAAAUGAUUUGAAAUAUAUCGUAUUGAAUCAGAAGCACACUGUAUUGAGGUAUGUAUCGUAUCGGCAACUUCUUAAUGAUACUCAGCUCUACAGACUAAUAAUGCAGGAUUAUUCAAACGUGUGAAUGAAACAAAACACAAGUCCAGGUCUGUUUUUGAGGAGGUAACAACAUUCUAACAUGACUUAAAGAUCACAAGAGUCACUUUUGCGUAAUAUAGGACAUACCUUUGACACCAAUGCAACUCUACAAUAUCAAAUAAGCCCUAAACCAGACUGGACGUUGGAUACAGGUGGAUGGCAAGACACAUUUUCAACGUUUUGCUCCUGAAGGCUUUGAAAAUGAUCAGACAAAAUCACUGAAUGAAUCGCAAGACCUACAAAUAAAUACAUCUGACAUUUUCUUCAUCAUCUUGAAGCACAUCUCAGUACUGUCUUCUGUGGAGAACUGCAGCGUUUGAAAAGGACAAUACGAGACGGUUUCUACAACUACAACGGACACACACAUACACACAUAAUCUAAUCAUUGCAUCUAUAGGUGUGUAAAAAGCGUUGAAAUAAAUAUAUAAAUAAUAAUAAUUAGUAACGCAUGUGAGUCAGGUUUUUAAAGGACUGGGAAGACUGACGGUGAGCAAAAGGAAUUCAAAUCUGCUUUUCUGUGGAUUGAUUUAACGUGAUCGCAAUGUUAGUGUUCAUUAAUAUGCUCUUGUAAGUCAUUAAAGCUACAACGUAAUGCUUAUUUGACUUUUUUGGGAAUUUAUAACCAUCUUAUAAUGUUGUUUCUUCACCGAAAACGUAACUGGAGUUGUAUUUCGCGUUUCAGUUUUAUGAAGAAGAACGCUUGGUUUCAACUCUCGACCGGAGUUUUACGUCUAAUUAUAUUCACUGGACUUGUUUUUAUCAUUUCUAACUGGUUUUACUACAAAUAGUAUCUGUUAGAAUCAUGUUAAGGAGUAGCAAUGCUGCUUUUUGUCUUUUUAACAUUGUGCAUUACUCACUGUCUCCAGCAGAGGGCGACCAACCCACAUGAUUUAACAUUUCUGUGCAGUUUUUGUUAAAAUACAGCAUGUUAAAAUGACGUUUCUCAUACAUAGGCAUUACUUUAAGUUUAUUAUGAGAAUUAACGCGGCUGAAUUUCUAUAAAACUGUUUAAAAAUGGCAUGAAAUGUGAUCUUGUAAUACAUAAAUCAGUUGUCACGUGCCGGAUAAGUCUAAGCGCCUCCUCAGCAUGUGUUUUAAUGGGUUGUGUCAUUGCCGGCAUUCUCGAAGCGGCUCUACGUCCUUCAGCUGUCAGUGGGGGGAAAAGCAGCUUGUCCAUUAUUAAGAUGAAUGUCCCGUAAUGAAGCCACCUACAGGCAGAUUAACAGGGAAAGACCUAAAGACCUACACCUCGUGUCCAGCUGCGAUCUGCAAUCUAACCAUGGAAAUACUGUCUGUGUUAUCGAUGUACAAAUGAACCUUAAUUUCACUAAUAAUGUAAAACAAAAGAGGAUUAAUGGAUGUGUGUGUAAAAUCAGAAAGGACUGUGUUUGAAUUACAACUUCUGAGAGAAAU